AACAAAUGGGCUGCUGAUGCUGAAAGAAAAAGAAACCACAGGCUUUACCCCCGAUGACUGAUCUUGAACUUCCAGUUCCGAACUUUGAAGAAACAAAGUUUGCUCAGCCAUCAACCGGAGAUCUGAUUAAUCACCUGACUGAUCGUCCAAGUCCAAGGAAGCCUAAGCCUAAGCCUAAGAAGCCAGCUAAACUGGAUGUUUACAAGUUGUUACCAAAAGAUAUGUAUUCUUAUUACGAGAAGAAGGGAUUACCAGAUGCACCAGCAAAGCUUGAUCAGUACCUAAAAGAUGUCUAUUUCACACUCAAUUUAUGAAGACAGGAUCCUAUUUUCUUUGUAAACAACUUCCUGGAACCCAUGAGGGGCAGAUAUUCCAAGAGCAAUUACUACAAGGACUUUAUGAACAACUCAAAGUUUACAGUUGAAGGAAUUUCUGAAACUGAUGAAAUAAUUGAUAAAUUAUCUGCAAAGAAUGUUCCAAAAACAAGCCCUCUUGAGUGGAACGCAUCUCUCUGAGAGUUAUGCGAGGCAUUGAUUGGCACACUAGAGAUAGAGAACUAUAAUACCAUCAAGUCUGGAGGUGUCUACGAAUGAGAUAUUUCUAGACAUGGGAUCAACCCUACAUCGAAAGUUUAUGAUUAUAUAGAAGUUGGGUCUCAGAUCGGCUUUGAAGCACUUUCUCGCAUAACUUUCUAUGAUCAUGAAAACAAGAUCUCUAUUCGUGAUGAAAAUUGGAAAUAACAUUGGCAUAGUAUUCAAAGAACGAGUGGGAAGCUACCAGAACGUAACUUACAUAAUUCUAGGAGAUGCAGCAAUUGAUGAUUUCACACCAGUUCCUCAACAAGUAUCCUCAUCAGCUGCUGAGCCAACUAAUCUUAAGAGAUGGUAUCAAAACGUUCCUCAGAAGGGACCUCAAGAGCCCAGCUCAGGUUUACGUAACUCAAUAGCUCAUAAUGAUAAAACUAAUGACAACUCGACAGCUCCUGUAUUGGACCAAUACAACUCAAACUUCUUAAAUGAACUUUGGCCUGAGGUUGAAAAAUCAAAGCCAAGCGCUAUUGAAGAAUUCAAGCCCAAAUAUUUAAUGGGAAACACAGGCAGAGCUUCUCCCAUUAGAGUCUCCCUCGAUGAACGGUUGAAUCAAUUUAAAGCAGAGAAUCUAGAC